AUGGCCGACCCGGGAAUGUUCUCGGUGCGCCGUCAGACUUUGGGACCAGUAAACAACAACUCGUCUGCAAUUCCGAUGCCAGCCUCAGCCAUGAAGCGCUCAAGCUCUAUCAACAACAUGAACCAGCCUCAAUUCCCUCCCAACCACGCGCGAUCGAAAAGCGGAAGUAGAAUGUCCCUCGCGCCUGGCCGUCCGAGUCAGCCCCUCUUUCCACGCUCAUCCUCCGGUACAGACCUCGCCCAGGGCUUCCAGUCGGUACACCGCAACUCCACAAGCAAUUUCGGCGCGAGCAGUGCGCGCAAGAGUUUUGCGCCCGGCGCCUCCAUCUUCCAAACGCCUGCGCCGCCUUCAGGACCCAACUUCGAACAGAGCGCACAGCGGAGGAGCAGCGUGUUCAAGUCGCGGACUUCUCAUGUGUCUGGACAGUCCGGCGUAAAGCAGUCUUUCUUCCAAACGGCGCCCAUGCCAUCCGUCCCUCCAACGGACCCCCGACGACUCAAAGACGCAAGCACCCGCCAGCACAUGGCGCAGGAGCUACUCGAAUAUCUUACACAGAACAACUUUGAAAUGGAGUCCAAGCACGUUCUCUCAGCAAAAGCCAUGACUUCGCCCACGCAAAAGGACUUCAACUGCAUGUUCCAAUGGCUCUAUAACCGAAUCGACCCUAGCUACCGCUUUCAGAAAUCCAUCGACCAGGAGGUGCCAGUACUAUUGAAGCAGAUGCGCUACCCUUUUGAAAAGUCCAUCAUGAAAUCUCAGAUCGCCGCUGUUGGUGGAAACAACUGGUACACCUUCUUAGGUCUGUUGCACUGGAUGAUGCAGUUGGCGCGUUUGAUGCAAGCAUACGAGGCUGGUACCUACGACGAUGCGUGCUUUGAGGCCGGCUUCGAUGUCUCUGGAGACCGCAUUAUCUUUGACUUUUUGUCGGAUGCCUACAGCACUUGGCUAUCAGCAGAAGAUGACGACGACGACGAAGAAGCACAGCAGAAGCAUAUGGAGCCUCACAUCAGGACCAUGGCUGCCAAGUUUGAUGCCGCAAAUGCACAGCAUCACGAGCAAGUCAGCCUUUUAGAGGCCGAGCACAAGUACCUCCAAGACCAGAUCGAAGAGCUAGGAAAGUCUGGCCCUAGGAUCCAGAAGCUCGAGGAGCAGAUUCGCAUCCUAGAAGAAGACCGCGUCAAGUUUGAAAACUACAACAACUCCAUGGAAGGAAAGGUCAAGAAGUACACUGAUCGCUGCUCGUUCCUGGAAAAGUCGAUUGAGGAGAUUGAAGCAGAACUUGAAGCAUCAGAGAAGGAACAGCAAGAGCUACAAGCUAUCAUUGACGGUCGGGGCAUGACCAUUGCGGAUAUUGACCGCAUGGCAAAUGAGAGAGACCGCCUUGAUACUUCUCUCCAGGCAACAACAGUGCGACUGGAAGAGUCAAAGAAACGGGUUGCGGAAAAGGAAAUCGCUGCGUCUCGGAAACUGGAUGAACUUGAACAAACCAUUGAGCGAUACAACAAUCUAGGAUAUCAGAUUGGUGUCAUCCCCUCUACAGCUGUCAACGCCAAGGGGCAAGACUACGAGCUUGUCCUCACCAUCACGGACGGUCCCAACUUCUCAGGAUCGCAAAUGGGUGGCUCGUCGCAAGAUGCAUCAGAUCGCCUUCUCCACGAUGCAGGCACAGGGUACUCACCCGCGCAUCUUCUCAACCUGGACCUCCGCGGCACAGUCAAGGCCAACAUAAUCGCACUCCGCAAAGAGAUUGCUGAACGACGCAAUCAAGCUUUGGAAGCCGACAUGAACAACCACGACCUCUUAGACAAAAUCAAAGAAGCCAUGGACGACAAGCAAGCAGAAGUCGAAGCCCUAGGCCAUCGCGUAGCACAAGCAGAAGAAGAGCUAGAGAAGCUACGCGAGAUUACGAAUACGCAAAAGAGUCAAUCUGACGCACAGAUUGAGCGCAUGGAAAAAGAAUUAGGUCGUAUGCGCAGCGGACUAGGAGAAAGCGUGCAGCUAAUGGUGCAAAGAGAAAUGGCUGUCAACAUCGAGUAUGAACAACUUCAGCUACGCGCUAAUGCGCUCCGUGAAGAACUCCAUACGGAAAUUGAGCGCAUGCUUGACGACAUUGUGCGCUUCAAACUUCACGUACAAAAGAGUUUGGAAGAGUACGAGCAGUUCAUUGCCGAUGAGGUGGAGCGUAGCUGUGAGGAGCAGGAUAUGCUUGCCGAGGAUGAGGACGAAGAGAUGGCUGAGGAGGCGUAA